AUGCGCAAUUCUUCAUUCGCCAAUGCCCGAUGGGAACCGUCGGGGCCAACUUUAUCACUCCGCAGGUCGAGUGUGGCCGGACCCUUUGGAUUCUUGAACCCUACAACGGCCAUCUACGAUAUCAGAAGCAACGACGGGCCUGACGGUACCCGAAGUGACCUUGCCGAUCUCACGGAUGCUGAACGACAAGAGAGGGCCAAGGUGCGAUGGAAUGCGCGAGACUAUCGCCGUCAUGUUCUUAUUCUACCACGAGCUGCACCACUUACUUCCCGGCUACAAGAUAGUUCCAGCCCCCACUCAGUACUUCUUGGCAUUACUCGCAUGUGUACGUUGUUCCCGUAUUGGGAUGUCUCCUGGCUGGUUGGCAUCUCAUUCACCAUCGGGUGCCUCAUAUUCGUCGCAGCCGGAAUAGUCUCCUGGCUACCUCUAUCAUUCCCCGAGACGGCCUUCCCGAACGAAGCGUUGGUGUUGGGCGGUGUGUUGACGUUUCUUGGAGCGGCACUGUUUCAAAUUGGAGCGGUGCUGCUGUUUCUCGAGUCGUACAACGAUCGUGCCGAAACACAAUUUGGCGGUGCGAUGGAAGAUUUGUUUGUGAAUCGCCUUGGAAUAGCUCGACGCGUUCGGAAUCACCGCCCCAAGCACUUCCAUCCAGCAAACUGUCCUCAGAAAUACUUGCCUUCGAAUGAUGGCAGUCUGAGCACGCCAUCCCCUGAAAAUGGAACUCGACAAGCUUCAGGUUCCUCGGGGGAGUCUAGCAAUCUGACGCAACACGUCUCGCCAGCUAGUUCAAAAGAUGAUGACAUCUUCACCGAACGGACCUGGCAAUGGUGGCCGUCUUGGCACGACGUGACAACGCACUACAUCUACGAAAUCGGGUUCCUUGCCUCCUUCACAAUGUCCGUUGGCGCUACCGUCUUUUCCAUCUGUGGUAUUCUCGCUCUACCCGGAAUAUUCAACAAUCUCAGUGACGCGGCGCUCAAGGGUGCAUAUUUCUUCCCUUACCUCCUCGGCGGUCUUUUGUUCACCGUCGCAUCGAUCUUGUACAUCUUGGAAACACAGCCCAACUGGUAUACCCCGCAGCCGUUCAAGAUAGGAUGGCAUGUAGGCGUUUGGAAUAUGAUUGGGAGUAUUGGUUGGACACUUGCUGCAUCGUUUGGAUACGUUGGUACUUCUUGGAGUGACUACCAACGUGAGCUAACGCUGAUAUGGGCUUCGGCUGCUUUUAGUUUUGGCAGUGGGCUGCAGUGGUAUGAGUCGCUUGAUAAGUAUGUGGUGAUAAUUGAGGAUUAA